CGACGUUCCAAUAUAUCCAUCAGGCGGCGUGCUCUCGAAUUGUCAUAUGUGCUCAUCAAUGAGCAGAACGUGCGGAUACUCAUUCGCGAGCUGCUUGCCUUCCUUGAGGUUGUGGACGACGAGUUCAAGCUUGGCAUGACAACACAGAUAUCACUCGCUGCAGAGCGAUUCGCUCCAAACAAACGGUGGCACAUCGACACUGUACUUAGGGUGCUCAAAUUGGCCAGAAACUUUGUCCGCGAGGAGAUCCUGUUUGCUUCUAUCCGUCUUGUCGCUCAUACCCCAGAGCUUCAAGCAUACACAUCGUCCAAGCUCUAUACCGCCCUCCAGGAUAACAUCUCACAAGAGUCACUAACAUUGGCUGCUUUGUGG